AUGGAUAUUGUAAAAAAUUAUCUCAUUGCAUUUGAUCAAUAUACCGCCAACUUUCGUUGGGAAAGUGGUGUAACUCCACUUUCAAGUUAUGUAUUCCCAUUCUCAACUUCUGUAAUUUAUGUUUUGGUCAUUUUCGCUUUACAAGCAAUAAUGAAAAAUAAAAAAGGAAUGGUUUUAAAAGGUUUCUCAAUUAUUCACAACAUUAAUUUAAUUAUAUUAUCAUUUUCAAUGAUGUCAGGUGUUAUGUAUGCAGCAUACCAACAAUAUUUAGAGCAAGGUGCAUUUUCAUUGGUAUGCGAACAAUCAAGUCAAUCUGUACAAGGUAGAAUUGGUUUUUGGAUCUACAUUUUCUACUUAUCAAAAUACUAUGAAUUGGUUGACACUGUCAUUUUAGCUUUAAAGAAAAAGCCAAUCAUCUUUUUACAUAUUUUCCAUCAUAUGGCAAUGGUACCAGUAACAUGGCAAUGGCUUCAUGACCAAUGGUUAGUUGGUAGUUGGUGGUGUACAUUAGUAAAUAGUUUUAUUCAUGUUUUAAUGUAUUAUUACUAUCUCCAAACUACAUUGGGUAAUCCAUGUUGGUUCAAGAAAUAUAUUACAAAAGCACAAAUUGUUCAAUUCCUUACUGGUACAGCAAUGGUUAGCUAUUGGUUCGUAAUCCGUGAUUCAGAAAAAUGUCAAGCACCAUUAAGUCCAGCAAUUGUUUCAAACACCAUCAAUUCCUUCUUUAUCAUUCUUUUUGGUAAAUUCUAUUAUGACUCUUAUAAAUCAAAUUCAAGACGUCAAGAAAAGUUAAACAAAGUUGAAUAA